GUGGCGAGCAGAUCAACUACGGCAGAGCCGAGAAAGUUGUGAUCGGCUCCAUCCUGACGCUGAUCACGCUGCUGACGGUCGCGGGCAACUGCCUGGUGGUCAUCUCCGUGUGCUUCGUCAAGAAGCUCCGCCAGCCCUCCAACUACCUGAUCGUGUCGCUGGCGCUGGCCGACCUCUCGGUGGCCGUGGCGGUCAUGCCCUUCGUCAGCGUCACCGACCUCAUCGGGGGCAAGUGGAUCUUUGGCCACUUCUUCUGCAACGUCUUCAUCGCCAUGGACGUCAUGUGCUGCACGGCCUCGAUCAUGACCCUGUGCGUGAUCAGCAUCGACAGGUACCUCGGGAUCACAAGGCCCCUCACGUACCCGGUGAGGCAGAAUGGGAAGUGCAUGGCCAAGAUGAUCCUCUCUGUCUGGCUCCUCUCUGCCUCUAUCACCCUCCCCCCGCUCUUCGGAUGGGCUCAGAACGUGAACGAUGACAAGGUGUGCCUGAUCAGCCAGGACUUCGGCUACACCAUCUACUCCACCGCCGUGGCGUUUUAUAUCCCCAUGUCGGUCAUGCUGUUCAUGUAUUACCAGAUCUACAAGGCCGCCAGGAAGAGCGCUGCCAAGCACAAGUUCCCCGGCUUCCCUCGUGUGCAGCCGGACAGCAUCGUGGUCCUGAACGGCAUGGUGAAGAUCCAGAAGGAGGUGGAAGAGUGUGCGAACCUUUCGAGACUCCUCAAGCACGAAAGGAAAAACAUCUCCAUCUUUAAGAGGGAACAGAAAGCAGCCACCACCUUGGGCAUCAUCGUGGGGGCCUUCACCGUGUGCUGGCUACCCUUCUUCCUCCUCUCCACGGCCCGGCCCUUCAUCUGCGGCACUGCCUGCAGCUGCAUCCCGCUGUGGGUGGAGAGGACAUUCCUGUGGCUGGGCUAUGCAAACUCCCUCAUUAACCCUUUUAUAUAUGCCUUCUUCAACCGGGACCUGAGGACCACCUAUCGCAGCCUGCUCCAGUGCCAGUACCGGAAUAUCAACCGCAAGCUCUCAGCCGCGGGCAUGCACGAGGCCCUGAAGCUUGCCGAGAGGCCCGAGAGAGCCGAGUUUGUGCUACAAAACUCUGACUACUGUAGAAAAAAAGGUCAUGAUUCAUGAUUGAAAGCGGAAUAAUGGAGAUGAAAUAAACAAGGCAAAACAGAGGUGGAAGCAGAACAAAAUCAUUUGCCAAGACUGCAGAAUGGAACGCGGCUUCUGUCCUUUCUUGGGAUGGUCGAAAUGUGACAAACAGUGUGAUCUGUUGUAAAAAGUAUCUUCUGAGAGAGACGGUGACCUCUUCUUUUUUUUUUUUUUCUGUGGAUCAGUGCUGUUGUGUGUUCUCAGUUUAAGACAGCCAGAUCAUCUCAGCAGAAAGCACAGACACAGAACUGAGUUCCAGAAAGGAAGCAGUUUCUGGUGCUUUGCGUAUGUCCAUUCCAUGCAAUCAGGAGAAAGUUCCAGCGCACACUUCCCGUGCUUCUGAGUCUAGGCGGUGUGGUACAUAUUCAGGAAUCAUUCAUGAGACAGAAUGUAUUUUGUUGUAUGACAGAAGGGUUUUUCCAAGCAAACUGCGGUAAAGCAUAGUGUUGAAUAUGUUGCAUGUCCAUGUUAGAAAACAGAAUCCCAUCAUUCACUAAUACAAAUGAUUUCCCAGAGCAGUGUUUGUUUCGAGCUUCUGUCAAAUAGUUUGGCUUUUCUGCAGGGUCCUUGUGACUUUCCCAUCAAUGUACUUUCUCUGUCAACUCACAUAUUGUUAUGGUAUAACUCAGGAACAGAUCUCAGGACGGAGAGAAGCCUAAAACCUGAGUAAAGCUUUUUCUUGUGUUCAUACUUCUGAGAGGUCCUGAGAGGUGAAGGGUUUGCCUUCUGGGAGAAUUUUUAUCUGGGUGAUGCGUGAUUGCUACCUAACUGCAUUGUAAUUAACAUGAUGACUGGCAUGUUUUUGACUCUCAUUUUAUAUAAGGGUGCAGUGGACCCAUAGUCUGGUCCAUAACCGUGUGUUAUAUGGCAGGAGUGUGGGAAUAAUGGAUUUUCCAUGAAAACUUGUGAUGCUUCUGGAGAUGGGGCAUAAACAUGUUCAUUCUCGUUGAACCAUGUUGUAUUCAACUGAAAUGUGUGAAUCGGAGGUCACCUGGACCACUCUUGGGAAAGGAUCCAGAGCACCAUUCUGUUGCUUCUAGAGAAUUUGUUUUUGUGUUCUCUGUAUCUUAAAUCAAAUGUGUACCUAAGAAAUUUUGUCCUCUCACUCCCCCACUGCCCCCACCCCAAAUGGUAGACAUUAAGGGCAGGUAAGGAAACAGAAAAGAUCAUUUUGCAGAUAGCAUUUUUUUAAAAGACUAGUACUUUAUAAUCAGUAUGCACUAAGGAGACAGAAGACAGGAGAUCAGAAAAGAGGAGAACUUGUACCUGCAAGGGGGGGAAAAUGAGUGCAAUCCUUGAUUUGAUUAGAGAGAACUGACAGAGAAUAUUAUUUUCCUACAAUAAAGAAAGCUGUCCUUUCACAGGAUAAUGUGGAAUUCCAAUGUGGAUUAUGGACUUCUUCCAACUUUCAUUGACAUUGCUUCAUACCAGACAUGGGAAGGACUGCCUUUCCUGAAAGGGAAGGAGAGCACUGUCCUUUCAGACAAAGCUUGUACAAAUUCCUGAGCCGCAGAUUUGCUAAAGUGACCGUAUAUACUUAUAUUCAUAAUUUAAAUGAUUAUUUAUGGUCAGAUACAUAUUGUUAAACUUGAAAAAAUGUUUUAUUACAUGACAUCAAAUAAAGUUUAUUUGUAGCUGAACUAAAGCAACUUAAGUAAAGGUUUUUAAUU